GAGGCCAGGGCCGGUAGGCAGGGCGACAGAGCAUAAAUGGCGGGGCGAGGCAGAGCUGUGGUGGGGCGCCGGCCAUCGGUUCGCGGAGUCGAUACUACGCUCGGGUCUCGGCUCCUCAUCCUCUGGCCGGUGUCUCCCGCGUCUGACCGCGCUCCGAGGCCGCCAUCCGCCGGUGUCCGCCACCUCUUGCUGGAGCCGAGCUGACGACUAGGUGACGCUCUGCCGGCUGUGUCUUAGACUUUGUCACCAUGGAGUUCCCAGAUCUGGGGAAGCACUGCUCAGAAAAAACAUGCAAACAGCUGGAUUUCCUUCCGUUCCAGUGUGAUGCAUGUGGAGAGGACUUCUGUAAAGACCACUUCUCAUAUGCUUCCCACCAGUGUCCACUUGCCAUCCAGAAGGAUGUGCGGGUCCCUGUGUGCCCGCUUUGCAGCCAGCCGGUCCUGGUGAGGAAAGGGGUGCUGGUGGAUGUGGCUGUUGGGGAGCACAUAGACCAAGACUGCAGAGCCUGGCCCGGGAAGAGAGAGAAGAUCUUCACGUACCGGUGCUCCAAGGAGGGCUGUAGGAAGAAGGAGAUGCUGCCAGUGGCCUGUGGCCAGUGCCGGGCCAACUUCUGCCUCCUGCACAGACACCCCCUGGACCACAGCUGCCGGCUCACACGCCGCCCCCCCAGCGCGGCCAGGUGCUCGGCUGCCGGGGCCUCUGAGCCCCAGCCCGUGGGAGUUGUCCGCUUACGGCCUGGCACCUGGCUCGCUCGGUGGCUGAGGAGGUGGAAAGUAAAGAGGUGACAGGCUCUGCCUCCAGGCAUAGUUGCUCAGUCUCCUUCUUUUUGCUUUCUCUCUGGGCACGUGCUCUGCGAGGUCUGCUUCGCCCAGAUGCACAUCUGAGACUGUCAGCGCCGUCCCAGUCAUCUGCACACAUGGGCUGGGCGAAGCCAUUGCUACUUAGAUGACCCCCACCACCACCACCACCUCAGAUAAACCAGGUGCCUCACAGAUCUGAGUGCCUGUCUGUCCUGUGCCAGCUGACCGUGGCUGGUAGUUUUCAUCACGUUGCUCCCCUGAUGACUGGCUGGCUGGGCCCAGGAAGGGACUGGGUCUCUGCCUGGCUAGGGAGCCCUGUUCCCGACCUGGAGAGGGCCUGACAUUUGGGUGCUGCUGGGCUCUGAAGCUCUCUCGUCCAGCCGUGUAUCCUACCCUCAACUGAGACCAGAUGGCUACGUUUCACCUCUGUGGCCUUGAGCAGGCAGCGGAGACAUUCUGCUCCAUCUUAUUAGGGUUCCCUCUGCAGUGUGGUUUCCCCAAAGGGCUUGUGCACAGCAUGGGAGCACCCCCAGGUCCUCAUCUGUGGGCUCAGCCUGUACCCAGAGACUCUGUCCCCAGCACGCUCCACACCUGCAUGACUCUGCCCAGGCCUAUGUUACCAGCAGUGCGGCUGCCGAGCCAACUUCUGCUGCUCAUCAGAGCUGAAAGCCACUAGCUUGACCCAGGACUCGGCAGGCUUGGAUGUUAGGGACGUGUUCAGGUUUGAUUUGCUUCCACUUAACUGUUAUGGACACAGGUCAGGUCCUGCUCAUGAGAAGUUAGUCUGCACGUUGAGACACGUCCAAGACAAGGAUCUGAGACACUGCUCUGAAUAUGAAACCAAAUAAACAGCUGGGAACAUC